AUGGCUCCAUCCGAAGAAACUCGGAGGAGAUUCACCGUGCAAAGGAAAGAUUCUGCUGAAUCAGUCGUGAGUGUGAACCUUGAGAGAGGUCAAUUUUUCAACGUCUUCAUAUGCAUCUUGAAAUGGAUAUCUGCAGUUCUAAUUUUCUUGGUUGUAUUAAUCUGUAUCGUGACCAGCAAGAUUUGUUUGCUGGUUCUUGGGCAUCAGUUUAAAAGUGUACAAGAAACUAGAACGAACACUACAACAGAUUAUUCAGCAGAGACAAACAAACAGGCGUUAGUGAUGAUGCUCGUGCUUACCCAAAUGAUACCUCUCGCGGCAUCUUUGCUUUACGCCAUUUGGACAAGUCUGAGGAGAAAAAGUACCUGACUUAUCUGGACAGAUUGGCAUUCCUACUUCCUUUGUUCUCCUUUCCAUUGCUUGGUCACCGAAGCUUAGAAAACUCCAAAUACAAAGCAAACAACACGGUCAUUCCACCUUAAGAUCUGGAGGACGCUCUGUUUCAGGUGUUUCUUUUUGUGACAAUGAUAGAGAGCGAGGUGGUGAUAGGGGUCCCCCUGUUAAGAUAAAAACAGCUCGAGGAAAAGCGGCUAUUAUAUCUUCGCUGUGGAAACUUUUUCUUACACCUUUAAGUGCAAUGAUGUUCGCCAAAAGUUAUGAUAUUGUUCAGCUCGACAGCAUCCCUGACGCUUUUAACGCUAUCACAACAUCGAAUCCAGCAUUCACCUACUUCAUGCUUCAUAUUUUUGCGAGCUUCUUUGGUUAUCAUUUUGGUUGGCUUAGCUGCUCUCUUUGCAUGCAACGUAUUGGAUACGCUCUUCCUUUAACGCUGGCGACACCGAUUGCCCUCCUCGUGACGCAAGUCGAUGGGAUAUGCGAUACAGACACGUUACCAUUACCUUGUGCAUCAGCAGACCGGGGCUACAUUCUCGGGGCAGGACUCCUUCUGUGGUUAUCACAGUUCAUUGCAACCACUUAUUACAUAUGGAAGAGUCAAGGACAGAUUAUGGCAAAGGCAUCUGACCUUCUAUGGAUUCCCUCGUACAAUGGUACGUUAUUUUACAUCCAUUUUCAUAAAUCAUAGUAAACUGUAGCAGUGGAAUUGAGAAAGCAAAAUCUAUUUUUACUGCGUAGCUUUUUUUUCCCUUUUUCCAUUUGCUUACUCAAAGCUCUCUCAAUUGCAAGUAGUUUUG